GAGAAGGGGGUUAAAAAUAAUUCAGAAAAACGCCUAUGAGUACACGAUACUAUACUCUCGCUUGCAGGCACUCGAUCUUGGGUACAUUCGGUAUGCCAAGAAAAAUCAGGUAAUCACCAAAACAUCUCCUCGCACUCGGAUACCUCAAAUGUUGAAUAUUUACCCAAUGCCCAGAUCAUUAUAUCUACUCCUCCGGAGUUUCUCGGGAUGGAAAAGAGUCCUGGAAUUCUGCGAACGUUUGGUUGUUCGUUGCAAUACGAAACCUUUUCGAUGGUAUCAGAUAUGUCUCGGCCGAAGAUGGGAUUGGUGUCCGAAAGGCUUGAGGUUUCCUCGCGAAAAACUAGGGACCCUUCAGCCUCCUCGAUCAAAUGCCGAUACGCCCUCUUUCACUUUUCCCAACCAUCUGGGUUUUAGUGGUUUCUUUGCCAACACACCCUUGCCUACGCCAAGAUCGAAAAGAAGCAACUAAGCUGUCAUUUUAACCGUUCCGUGGAUCUGGGUGUGAUAUCCGAGUGUGGGGAUUCCAUAUGAACGCCCAAGUUAGCCUAACAAGAGAUUCCCAAAGGAAUGAAUAAUCCUAAAGGGCUCUGCUAGCCCUCCCUCCCCCCCUUUUUUCCAUCUUCCGUUCCACAUUCCUUUUAGAGAACCAUGAAAUUUCGGUACUCCAGUACAGCAUCAUACUCAAGUACCGGUCUCUUUUUCAUGAUUAGCAAAAGAAAAUAAGGGUCCGUCUUUUCCCAAUGUCCAAGCCCCCGGGAUUCCGGGGUAUUCGCUUAUUUUAGACCUGUUGAAAAAUCCCAUUCCGUGGGCUUACAGUACUCACCCCAGGCAAGAAGUACCGGCACCCGAAAGUUGAGGGCAUACCGUAACUCUGUUUGCACGCACAGAUAUGCAUGGAUGAUUGGCCAUAUAUCCUUCCAACCACUGCGUUUGGGUACCUCUUGCCUUGGACGAGUAUCCUCGGGCUCUCAUAGGGAAAACGGAACAAGGGAGAGAGAGAAUAAAGAAGUUGGAGGCGCCCGAAUUGGAAAAGUGGGAAAUCGCAGACCGAGCAAGCAAGGAAGAAACCCGGCAUGUAAGCAGACAAUUAGACAAGCACUUUCUCAUUA